AUGCCUACUCACGCAUACUAUGGAUCCUGCCGCAUCUCAAAGCGACCUCCAACUUGGAGGAGCCGCAACGACCGCCGCAACGGUACCGAUAGCUGGACUCCGAGCAGGGAUGAGAGAGAGGACUACAAGGACGGCGGAGACAGGAAAGAUGACUACAGAGACCGUAGAGGUGAACGAGAGAGCUACAGGGAUACCAGAGACAGGCGACAUGGCCACAGAGAUCGUAGAGGUGAGCGGGAGGACCACAGGGACGCCAGAGAUGAGAGAGAAGACUUGGUGCACAACAACUACGGCCGUGUCGGCGACAACUACAACAUCAACAUCAAAUCCUUUCGCGACAACGACCGGAGCAGGCACUGGAACGGCAACGUCCUGCGAGAUCGUAACUUCAACACCUAUGUUCGCAACAGACCUCGACGGGACCGAUUCGACAACAGAAGGUACUCCCCUGCAUCAAGCAGCUCUCAGAGCUCUAGGCGCACCUCGUUUUCAUCAAGGACUCGUUCGUGGGUUUCUUCCGAGUCGAAUACCGGCUCGUUCUCAGAUCGCCCUGUUGGUUCCAUCGAAACCCCACGAGGGGCAGAGGAUGCUGAUGAGGCAGGAAGAGGAGAAUGUGACGACGAAGACGAUGAAUACUAUGGCGCUCGUCAAGCUUACCGCGACAUCAGCAAAGGUGAUGUAGUUCACGGCCACAUGCGCCUGACUGACCGGGUGUGUGACGAGAGCGAGCUCAGGCUCGGCACCAUCAUCUCAACAGCCAUCCACAACCAGGCUCGCGAGAACACGGUGUCGAUCGACGAGUUCAACAAGUCCCUCUCCGGCUUCGGCAUCGUCUACUCCAAGUACCGCAAGCUAAUAGUCGUGGAGGAGUGGGCCCAGCACGUCGUCUGCAUACCGCUGUACUCGUACAACGGCCGAGGCCUCACAGGCCGAGAGGCACUGGCCUGCGAGUACUUUGACGUACGUGACGUGGACGACCCGGACCCGGAGAGGAGGGACACGUUCUGUACCCUUAUGGCAGUUCGUGAUAAGGACUGGCCCAGGGAGAAUACCUUUAUCGAGGGCCGCACCGUGGCCAAGGUGACCGAGAAGAUCACUUUCUACAGGACUGACAGGUGCUCGAUCGAGGGUAGGAUUGAUCAGGAGAGCCUCAGCACACUGAUCCCGCCUUACCUCAAGUCGUCAACUAACCCGCUGGCCAAGUUCUUGUCCCGUAGCCAAUCUGGCAGCCCAACGAGUAGCCGAACUGACAGUCCAACUGAUGACGCAGCAGACGCCAAAGAGGAAGGGGAGAUAUAA